AUGGAAGGUUCUUGUCAUCCGGGCUAUAUGGCUUGGUACAAUAGGAUCACAGUGUCGUACCUAGUUCAACCUGGGACGCAGUCAACAGUUGGGAUGAACGAGUCAGCCUCUUCGUUGAAAUUGGCGGUUGAGGCCCUUCAGGGGAUAUGGCAUUUGACCUCUGAACAUGACAACGACCCUCGGUUACGGCAGAUCCGAGAAAUAGCUGUUGAGGCCCUUCGUGCGACGAACCAUACUGAUGUGAUGGAGUAUCCAGCUUCGCAACGGCGAAAUGUGGCCAUGCCGCCACGCCCACCAACUUCUCUUCGUCAUGGAUUGCCGGGUGUUCGGACGGGUGGACACGGGUGGACACGACAACAUAGGUUGUCGCAGCCGCAGCAGCCGCAGCCCGAGUAUACGGUACCAUCGCCACUGCAUCCAGAAUACGAUCCCCCAGAAGGCUAUGCACAAUGUAUUGAGUGGAUUUUCAACAAGGAAGAACAAAGGGAAAGCUGCAACAAAAUACACUCCUUCGGGGAAAUAGGUUUUUGA